CCUCUGUUCUUAUUUCUGUUUUUGUUUUCUAACGGAGAGAUAGAGAAGGAGAUGAUGUCUUAUCAGUUGUCCAGGUCUUCUUAUCAGGAUUCUUUGAGAAUGCUAGAGGCUGAUAUACAAUAUGCAAAUUCUAUGGCUGCUGCUAUUCCGAGGGCCAAGAGUGGUGCUUAUCUUCAAAUGAAAUUGGUGUACAACCGCUUGGCCCCUCUCUUCCUGUUUUUGCUACAAUGGAUGGAUAGUUCAUGUAUGUGUCUACUCCCUGGAUAUCUAGACCUCUUCCACGUUCUUGUAUACAAGGUAUAUGCAGAUGGGAGAUCAGAGAUGUCUACUCAUGGAAGGAAGGCAACAAUUAGGGAGUUUUAUGGUGUUAUAUUGCCAUCUCUUCAAAGGCUCCAUGGUUGCUUGGGGGAGUUGGAUGAUGAUGAGGAAAGGCGAUUUACAAUUGAUAGUUAUGGCCAGAAAAGACUUGGACAUGUUGACUGGGAAAGGGAAGAUGAAUGUGGAAUUUGCUUGGAGCCUUGCACCAAAAUGGUCUUACCAAAUUGUUGUCAUGCAAUGUGCAUCAAAUGCUACCGGAAUUGGAACACAAAGUCGGAGUCCUGCCCUUUUUGUCGUGGAAGCUUGAAAAGAGUUAACUCUGAAGAUUUAUGGGUGCUUACCUGCAACGAUGAUGUGGUCGACAAUGAAACUGUUUCCAAGGAGGACUUGUUGCGAUUCUACCUCUACGUCAACAGCCUUCCAAAGGACUGCUCGGAUGCACUUUUCUUGGUAUAUUAUGAGUACUUAAUUUGAUUCAAAGUAGUUCGGAAAAUGGUGUACAGAGAGAAAUCACCGACCAUCAAAUGUAAAUAGGGUUCGGUAAGUGAAAUCUAUCAACUUCUCCCAUUUUAGACUUUUCGAAAUCGAUGAAACAUC